CUUCAACUGUUUUCGAUGUUUUUGUCUCAGUUCCUGUCGUGCCUGUUGGAUCCGAGCGUCAGGAUAGGGAAGCAAAGUGAAGGGGCAGCUGCCGCCGGCGCAGCGAGCCUGGUGGACAGGAUGUCAGAAAGUCCAGAGAAGAGCGCCUCGGUGUCGGCUCAGGAGCUGAAGGAGCAGGGCAACCGCCUCUUUCUGAACCGCAAGUACCUGGAGGCCGCUGCCUGCUACAGCAAAGCUAUAAGCCACAGUCCCGCGGUCCCGGCGUACUACACCAACAGAGCGCUGUGCUACGUGAAGCUGCAGCAGUACGACAAAGCCCUGGCAGACUGCAGACUCGCUCUGGAGCUGGACAGCCAGUCGGUGAAAGCUCACUUCUUCAUGGGCCAGUGUCACCUGGAGAUGGAGAGUUAUGACGAAGCCAUCGGCAACCUGCAGAAAGCUUAUAACCUGGCAAAGGAGCAGCGGCUGAACUUUGGCGACGACAUUCCCAGCGCUCUGCGGAUAGCGAAGAAGAAACGGUGGAACAACAUGGAAGAGAGGAGGAUCAACCAGGAGAGCGAGCUGCACGCCUACCUCACCAAACUCAUCCACGCUGAGAAAAAGAGGGAGCUGGAGGGCUGCCGGCAGAAGCAAGAAGACAAGUCAGACGACGGCAGAAUUCAACACAGUCUGAAUGAGAUCCACACAAAACAUGACAAGUAUCUUUCAGACAUGGAGGAGCUGUUCUGUCAAGUAGACGAGAAGCGGAAGAAGCGAGAGAUCCCAGACUUCUUGUGUGGAAAGAUCAGCUUCGAGUUGAUGCGAGAGCCGUGCAUCACUCCCAGUGGAGUCACGUACGACAGAAAAGACAUCGAGGAGCACCUACAGAGAGUCGGCCAUUUUGACCCCGUAACGCGCACUCCUCUGACCCAAGAUCAGCUCAUCCCAAACCUGGCCAUGAAAGAAGUCAUUGAUGCUUUCAUUUUGGAGAACGGAUGGGUGGAGGACUACUGACCAGGAAGGGAAGUCCCAGUUCACGGAUGGAGAAAAGAUCAGUGUGUUAAGAGCGGCUGCUGCUCUGCCAAGAGUUUAACUUCAGUUCAGACACGUCGCAUGCAACAUCAACAUCAACCACAGCAACUUUAUUCCUGUAGGGAAAGUUACUACGUGAUUUACAGGAGGAAGAAAGGGAAUCUAUAAAUGCGUUUAGGAGAGAUGAAUGUACUUUUAACCCGCACAAUCCAAGUUAUAAAAUCAAGAGAAAAGCCAAAGAAAACGAAUCAGAAGCUUUUUAAAGACGAUGUCAGUAGAGGGCGCUGAGUGUUAAACCUGCAGCAUGAACCAGCUGUGGAAGAAGAAGUACUCACACCCCCUCCUCAGUAAAAGCAGCAAAACUGCAAUAUAAAAAUACCGUGUUGCAAGUAAAGGUCCUGCAUUUACAGUUUUAUUUAAAGGUAGAAUUAUACAAAUAUACUUACUAUCAAAAGUAAAUACUUAUUGUGCAGGAUGGCCCCAUAGAGAGAGUUAUUUUUUAUUUUAUUUUAUUGCUUCAGCCAAAUUGAACGUUUUUCUAACUUGUUGGGUUUUUUUAAUUUAUUGAAGUUGUUCACAUGCUUUGUUUGUAAAAUCCUAAUUUAAGGAAUCGCUGUCAGAUAAAUGUGGAGAAGUUAUGAGUACAGUUUCGCUCUGAGAUGUAGUAAGAUGUGUGAGGCUGAAUUAUUUUGGAAAAAAUCUCUUAAUUCCCAUUUUUUUAAAUUAAUAUAAUAAUUGCAAUAUUAUUUACGAUACUAGAGAGAAAUAUAAUUUUUACAUUAUUCUCAUUUACAUUAACCAUCUGGUUUCUUCAGUUUUCACUCAGGAGCAAAAAUCUGCCUUUGAACUUGAAAGAAAUAGCGAUUUGACGUUUAUCCUGAUAAUUAUCGAUAUCGAAUGCUUUGAAUUGUUUUUAUCGUGUAAACAUUUUUGGCCCUAGUUUCACCUUCAACACAUAUUGCGGCUUCUGUGAUUUAAAAAGUGCGGUAUUGCAGUUUCAAUAAAAAUUUCAAAUAAUUGUUUGAGGGAGAAAAGUUUCACGGGCGUCGUGAGUGCUGGUAUUUUUUAUGUCAUUUGAUUAAAAACCUUUCACUUGAACUAGGAUUAUUACAGUAACUUAAUAAAAAACAUAGUGUGUAAAACAGGUACUUAUUCCUCCAAAUUAUAGCCGAUUUAUCAGCCCUUUUUAAUAAUUGUUUUCGCCAGCCCUGGCGAAGUACAAGUAGCAAAACAGUACAUAAAUAUAUAAAUAUACUGUACAUAAACAAACAUGUUUCUCUGCACCUCACUGAUCCUGAUUCAUCAUCCAAACUGGGCUCAUUAAAAACAACACAAACAGGUCAAAAUGUCUUAAAAUGACAAACAAGCACUUUAAGUUUUAACUCUCAAAGUUUAAGGGUACAAUGUUGAUUUGUAUUAAAAGUACUGCGGCUGUCAAGUUGUUUGUACAGAGCGUCCAUGCUGGAGCUGCUUUGGAAAGUUCUUAAAUUCAUCAGAGCAACAGCCCCUUUUGGUUUCUGUCCCGUGUUUCCAGGGACCAGUAAGGGCCACCAGUAGGACCAGUAAUGAAGUAUGUUUGAGUCUGAAUCAGCUGCUUCGUUUCAAAUUUCCUCUUUGGUCAUCUGUAUCUCUGAGGUCAGCGAUUAUUAAGUCAUGUGUGCCAUCUGGUAUUGAUCAUCAGUCCGUGCUGUAAUCCAUGCUGCGGCUCAGAGAGGGAACGAACUGCUGACUACAAUCACAUUACUCACUCAAUCAGAUUAUGUAAAAACUGCAGUUAAUGUGGGAAAGUGUUGCGUUUGCCGCCAACCAAAAGAGUAGGAAACUGCAGCGCUGCAGCAGAGAUUGGUGGGUGGAGCAGUUUUUGUUGUAAAGAUCAUUAAAUUGAGAUUUUACUGGUUAUUUUCUGGUUUUUAUGAGUGGAGUCUGGUGCUGCUUCUUUGUGCAAAAACUAAAUUUGUGUUUUGUACUCGUUGAUUAUUAAGUCUUGUUUUGUAAUAGUUGUUUUUCCAGACUUUCUGUAACUUGGUAUUGACAGCAGUGUGCAAAUAUAUCGCUCGUCUUAUUGGAGCCUGAUAUCAAAGUUAACUCUGAUGUCUCAUGUUUAAUUGCACUUUUUAAUUCGUUUUAGACAGAAUUAGCUGAUUAAAUGUUUCCUUCUGUUUUAAAUGUGACGAUUACAAUCCAGCUUUGACUCAAUCCAGAUAAAGUCUGAUUUUCUGUGAGUUUCUAAAACACUGAAAACAACUGAAGGAAGCAGAUUUACUUCUUUAAGCUGGUUUUCAGUUUUCCGUCUUCCUGCACAAAAAAAAACACCUUUUCUCAGCUGCACAAGUAAAGAUACAGAGACACAGAUGUUUGAAAUUGUUGUGAUAAAAUAAAUGUUUCACGUUUUCUACA